AUGAGCUUGGUGGAGUGGCAAUUGGGAAACCACAGAAUCGGAAAUAUCCACACUGGCAUCAAAGGGAAUGAGGAAGCUAACGGAGGUUUGCCUCAACACGCCGUUCAAUUGCCCGUACACUGUUUCACCAUUCGACAAGCGUGUGCACUGGAAACAAGGAGAAACUUUCGAGAUUCCAAGGAGCACCAAAAAGGUCUGUUU